CUCUCGGCUUGCGUUGCUGCGCUAGACUUACUCGUCGUCAAAAAGCAGCUUUUUCGUGAGAUCUCGAGCCCGGCAUACAGGUCCGUCGGAGCCAUCUCGCCUGCGUUUUCUUUUUGUUCCAAGCCUCGCAACCCUUACUGCUUGCUAAUCUUUGCGUCGCUCAUACUACCUGUCCUUCCGUGCGUCUUCACCUCUUGGCCCGCGGUCCAGCACCGCUUUUUCCGCCCAACGCACUUACACAUACUUCGCUCGGUCACAAUAUAUGCGCAUCCACGUCUCGUCGCCACCCCACCGGCCCCUCUAAAAGCUGGGAGUCUUACCAGCCGAGUUCUUACCCGUCCACAGGUUUCGUGUCGUGACGUGCUAGCUUCAGCAAGCCCACCACAUUCAUCCUGGGCAAUUUGGCGCAUAAUAAAAAGUCCUUGCAAAACGAGGGAACCCACCCUUUGACUGAGCCAUCUCGGUGACAACCAUGUCCUCUUGCCUGGCCUAGCAGCCCCAUGGUUAUGUGAUACAGUGAACUUCUGUAGCCCUGUCCAACCAUGCCGGAGAAGACUCACGUUCGUUUUACCGAAGGAGUCGACGCUAGCAUCUCUAACAGGCCACUAGCAUCACCGCAUGCUGCUGUCUCAAGCCUUGGGAAGAAGAGGAAGCGCCCGGAAAGCGAGCCUGCAUCCACAUCCUCCACCCAGCACGCUUUCCCGUCAGCUGACUCUCGACCCCAAAAAAUUCAACCUUCGUCCACGCAGGCCGCCAACGGAGUCACGCUGAGCAACGGCAAGUCGGAUGAUGGCCGCGGCACGUUGUCGCAGCGAGUGAACGGGGACGAGCAAACCGCGACGACAAAACGCAAAAUAAAACCUUCGACCAGACAGACACCUGUCCGCAAUGGCUCGAACGCUUCGCAGCAGCACAGGGCCUCAUCGCUAGCAGAGAAGAAGAAAGCGCUGCUCGAACUGCGCCAGAAACUACCGAUAUGGGCUCACGCAGACAAAAUCCGUCGCUCGCUGCGCGCCGCCGGUGCGGACGUCCUGCUCCUCGUCGGUGAGACGGGCAGCGGUAAAAGUACGCAGGUGCCGCAGUUCCUCAUGGACGAGGCCUGGUGCGAUGGUCGCAUCGCCAUCACCCAGCCGCGACGAGUUGCCGCCAUCUCGCUGGCGCGACGCGUCGCAGACGAAAUGGGCACCCCGCUAGGCUCGUCCUCGCCCGCGAGCAAGGUCGGUUACUCGGUUAGGUUCGACACAUCAGUGUCGCCGGCGACCAAGAUCAAGUUUCUGACGGAGGGCAUGUUGCUACAGGAGCUGCUACGUGACCCGUGGCUGAAGCAGUACAGCGCCGUCAUUGUAGAUGAGGUUCACGAACGUAGCGUCAAUGUAGAUCUUAUCCUCGGCUUCUUGCGCAACCUCGUCUGUGCUGAUAAGCGUGCCAGAAACGGCAAGCCGCUCAAGGUCGUCGUCAUGAGUGCUACCGCUGACGUGCAAAAGCUGCAUGACUUCUUCGAAGCAGGCCGAAGCUUGUCCGCGAAGUUGGCGUCCGGCGAGGGCCAGGAAGACAACGCUUCCGAAGCAUCUUGGCGUGGUUUGUCUGACGACGAGAACGGCGACAAAAACGACGCCGCAGCGGCGGACGGCAACCGCCGCGUUAGUGCUGCAAACAGUAGUUCAAAGUCGCAAAGCAGUUCAAAUCCUGCCCAGUCGACCUCAGUAUGUUACAUUGAGGGACGCCAAUUCCCAGUACAGAUCACCUAUCUAUCCCAGCCGACGCAAGAUUUCGUAGAGGCCGCCCUCAAAGCCGUCUUUCAAAUUCACCUCAAGGAGCCCCUCCCGGGAGACAUCCUCGUCUUUUUGACCGGCCAAGACACGGUCGAAAGCCUGGAACGUCUCAUCAACGAGUAUGCCGAGACCAUGGAUCCGUCGAUACCAAAGAUCCUCGCGCUGCCCUUGUUUGCAGCACUGCCGCAGUCAGCUCAGCAGCGUGUGUUUCUGCCCGCACCACCGAGGACACGCAAGAUUGUGCUUUCCACCAAUAUCGCCGAGACGUCGGUCACGGUGCCGGGCGUCCGCUACGUGGUCGACAGCGGCAAACAUAAGAUCAAGCAGUUCAGGAACAAGCUCGGACUGGACUCCCUCCUCGUCAAGCCCAUCUCGAAAUCGUCUGCUAUACAGCGGACAGGUCGUGCGGGCAGAGAAGCGCCCGGAAAGUGCGUACGCUUGUUUACCGAGAAGGACUACGAGGCUUUGGAGAAGACCGCGAAACCCGAGAUCCUACGCUGUGACCUUGCACAAGCGAUCGUGACGAUGAAAGCACGGGGUGUGGACGAUGUCGUCGGCUUUCCGUGGCUGGACCCCCCACCCCGAGAAGCGUUGGAGAAGGCUCUGAUGCAGCUGUUCCAUCUGGGAGCCCUGGACGAGAACGGACAGAUCACUGAUAUUGGACGAACAAUUGCAAAGCUGCCGCUAACACCCACGCUCGGUAGAGUACUCGUCGAGGCUGCCCGGCCGGAAAGGGAUUGCCUACCCGAGAUGAUAGACAUCGUCGCUGCGUUGAGUGUGGAAAACAUCUUCCUGAACGUCAUGAGCGAGGAGAAGAGGGAGGAAGCCGAGGCGGCCAGGGCCGAGUUGUACAGGCGCGAAGGCGACCACCUUACCCUUCUAGCCACUGUCCGCAGCUAUGCGUCAGAAAAUACGGAUAGGAAGAAGUGGGCGGCCAAGUACUUCGUCAGCCACCGAGCGAUGCAGAACGUCAUGGAUAUUCGCAAGCAGCUGACCCAACUCUGCAUCGGCCUCGACAUGCUCGCAAAAGAUGACAUCGCCCUAGACCGGGACGCUAGCGCCUCAGCGCCAUCCGAGGCGUUGAGCACGGCGAUUCUGCAAUGCAUUGUGCGUGGUUUUGCAUCCAACACGGCGCGUCUGGUGCCCGACGGCUCAUACCGCACCCUAAUGGGCAACCAGACGGUUGCCAUCCACCCGAGCAGCGUGCUGUUUGGCAAAAAGGUCGAGGCAAUUGUCUUCACCGAGUUUGUGUUCACCAACAAAAGCUACGCAAGGGGCUGUAGCGCUGUGCGUUUGGCCUGGAUUGAUGAGGUUCUGCGGGCACUGUGAGAUAAAAUUGCAGUGGGUUGGGCGAGUAUGUACAGAUAAUCAAUCAUAACGCAUUC